GGGAGGUGCGAGGUGUCCGCCGCCCUCACGGCGCAGCGAGCUGCGGGGUUGCGCGGAGCCCGGAGGACAUGGGGCUUCUCCGGUGAGGCGGCGGCUGGCUCAGGGAGUGACAGGGCGGCGGCUCCCCUCGCCCUUCCCCGGCACCGUCCUCGACGAGCCGCGGGCGGGAGGAGGCAUGGCGAGCAAGCAGGGAGCGGGGUCGGGGCGGUCACUGCCGGCCGGAGGAGGACGCCCGCCGACCGAGGGCUGCGCGCCCCCCCGCCGCGGCCACACGGCCAGCCGGAGGCGGCCUGCCCCUGCUCGCCCCGCGGCGACGGGCGGGUGCCAUAGCAGCGGGCUCCGCGGGCCGCCGGGAGCUGCGGAGGGGGAACGGCCGGCAGGCAGCCGCCGAGGGGGUAGUGGGCGGGCGGCAGCUCCGCGGCGCAAAACUUUCCCGGCUCCUCAGCGAGGUGCCCGGGCGCCGCUCGCCCCCGGCGAGACCCCCGCCCUCACGGCCGCCCCACCGGCCCGCCCGCUCCCCUCAGCGCCGCCGAGGCUCGGCAGCCUCGCGCGUGGACCCCACCGCCCGCCCGCGGCAAAGUUUCACUCAGAAACCUCCCGUCUGCGGCCCCGUCUCCAUGGAAACGACCCCCUCAUUUCCCGCCGCUCCCCACGGGACGCGGCCGAGAGCGAGCGGAGGAGGGCGGCGGGGGGGAGCUGGGGCGGCCCCCUCGCCUGCGGAGACGGCAGCCGGAGCCCUGAGGCGCGGUCGGGACCAGCCUGGCAAGCCAGGGACGGCAGAGUUGAGCUACCUGCUGCUCGGCACCUUCCAGUCAGGCAAAGUAAUCCAGCAGAUGGGCUUGGGAGAGGGGGAGACUCCAGCCUGCAUGCAGAUGACUGAAUGUGGACCAAGGGCAUGAUGUGAACCAGCGCCGUUCUUGUACUCUCUCUGGAAAGGCUGGGGCUUGUAAAUGUACGAGGAGAACAAUCCAUUCAGUUCUUGCUAGUGACCUUGCUGGUGACCUCUGUUUGCCCUCCAACACUGGACCAGGUACAGUAUCACCGUAUCUUUUUUCUCUAUUGAUAUUUUCAUGCCAUAAGAUGCUUCUCAGAUACAUUUUGUCCUUUUGGAAGUGCUGGGAUUUAAAAUAAAUCCUCAAAUGAUUUAU